CUGUUCGCGCAGGCGUUCCUCGCGCGGCAUCCCGAGGCUUGAGCCGGCAGCGGGCGUGACUGACGGGGCCCGCGGACGAUGCUCGCCCUGCUGGGUGCGGCGACCCUGGGGCUCUUUGCUGGCGCUCUGCGGGUGUCGCCGGCAGCCACAGGGGGAACAAAUCUAAAGUCUCCUCAUAAUGUAGAGGUCUACAUCGUUGAUGACAACUUUAUCCUCAAGUGGAACAGGAGCAAUGAGGCUGUUGGGAACGUGACUUUUUCAGCAGAUUAUCUAAUACCCGGGAUGGAUAAUUGGAUGAAAUUGCCUGGGUGUCAAUAUGUUACUAGUACCAAAUGCAACUUUUCUUCACUCAAGCUAAAUGUUUAUGAAAAAAUCAAAUUGCGCCUAAGAGCAGAAAAAGGAAACAGCACUUCUCCGUGGUAUGAGCUUGACUCAUUUAUACCAUUUCAAAAAGCUCACAUUGGUCCUCCAAAAGUACACUUAGAAGCCGAAGAUAAGGCGAUAAUAAUAAACAUCUCUCCUCCUGGGACACAUGGUAGCAACAUGUGGGCUAUGGAUAAUUCAAGCUUUACAUAUAGCUUAGUUAUCUGGAAAAAUUCUUCAAGUACAGAAGAAAGGACUGAAACAGUUUAUCCCAGAGAUAAAAUUUAUAAACUCUCACCAGAGACUACCUAUUGUUUAAAAGUUAAAGCAAAACUCUGGAGAAAAGUUGGUCACUAUAGCCGAGUGUAUUGUAUAAGUACCACAGUUGAAAAUAAACUGCCUGCACCAGAAAAUAUACAAAUCAGUGCUAAGGAUCAGGUUUACAUUCUUAACUGGGAUUACACGAACGAAAACGUGACUUUUCAAGCUCAGUGGCUGUAUGCCUAUUUGAAAAAGAUUCCUGGGAACCAUUUAGAUAAGUGGAAACAAAUACCAGAUUGUGAGAACGUCAAAACUACCCAGUGUGUCUUUCCUCAAAAUGUUUUCCCAAAAGGAAUUUACUUUAUCCGCGUACAAGCAUCUAAUGGAAAUAACACAUCUCUUUGGUCUGAAGAGAAAAGGUUUUAUGGAGAAACACAAACUAUCAUAUUCCCUCCAGUCCUUAACAUGAAGUCCAUUAAUGAUGACUCACUGCGUGUCUAUAUUGGUGUCCCAAAGGAUUCUGACAACAAGUCUGUAAACCAGCCCUAUCCGCUGAUUUAUGAAAUUACUUUUUGGGAAAACACUUCAAAUGCUGAGAGCAAAAUUCUAAAGAAAAAAACGGACUUUACUUUUCCUAACUUGAAACCUCUAACUGUAUAUUGUGUCAAAGCCAGAGCCCUCAUUGAGGAGGACAAGUGGAAUAAAAGCAGUGUUUUUAGUGACACUGUGUGUGAGAAAACAAAAUCAGGUAAUGCUUCUAAAACCGCAAUUAUAGCUGGAAUCUGUGCUGCAUUAAUUUUUAUCCUGCUUGUCAUUUAUGUUGUGAAAGUCCUCUUGAGAUGUGUCAAUUAUGUGUUCUUUCCAACAAGUAAACCCCCUUCCAGUAUGGAUGAGUAUUUCUCUGAACGGCCACUAAAGAAUCUACUCCUUUCCACUUCUGAGGAACAAACGGAAAGAUGUUUUAUAAUUGAAAAUACCAACACAAUCAUUACAGUAGAAGAAACUAAUGAAGUUGAUGAGGAUCACAAAAUAUAUAAUUCCCAAACUAGUCAAGAUUCAGGAAACUAUUCUAAUGAAGAUGAAAAUAGCAUGAGUAAAAUUAGUGAAGAACUUCAACAGGAAACCGUGUGAUCAGAAGUGAACUCUGAACUAUUAGGGAGUUUAGUGGGAGUGACACCUGGAACCUCGGGUUUAACUCCCUGCUUCUCUCAGAACCAUUGGGAGGACACUGUCUGUAGGGGAAGAAGAGCUUCUUCAGAUCAGAGGUCCUGAAGGUGCAGGCAAGUGCUUAACUGUUUACAGAAGAAAUUACAGGAAUUUGGAGAAAAGUCUUCCACAUUCUUUUCCAUUUAUAGCCUUGCCAGACCUUUGAUGAGAAGAGUGAAAUCCAGAAGAUGCGUGCCGUCUUUCCGGUGAUAACCCACAGACCACUCUGCUGCUCAGUGUUUGUGUUCCUGCCGGUUAAUGCCGUGGUGCUGGCUGCUGUGUAUAUCACCGGCUCAUUCCCAUUCCCAGUGUUACAGUCAUUAGUUUUCAGGAGAUUCUUAGAACAUGCGGUCUUUUCUUCGACACUGAGGUUGUAGGCCCUUAAGGGAAUUUCUUUAGUAAGCUGAAUACCACUACCACUCGUUUUCUGAAAAAUAGCUUCGUCUAGAAAACAUCUACAGAUGCCAGAAAUGUGAUCCUGAAAUUUUUUUCAGGGAAAUUCUCUCCAUUUAUCCCCAAAACAUUGGCUCCUAUGUCACAGUUCCCUUUUUUUAAUGAUUUAGGAUUAAAAUCAGGUAAUCUAAUAUACAUUAAGAUUAUUAGGAACUAUAUAUUAAGACUUCCUGAUUCAUAACUUAUUAGAGCAGUAGCUUCUGAUAGAAUUAGCAGUCACUAAAGUGACAGAGAAAUGAAAAACUAGAGAAGUUACUGUAAUUUUUUAAGAUAUGGGGUUAUGUAGAGGGUAGUCACAGUGCGUGCAAGACAUCUUGGGACCAAAAAAAAUGCUACUGAUUCAGAUGGAGGAAGAAGUAGGAUAAUGCAGGAGGAAAGAAGGUAACUUCAGUGAAAAGCAAGAAUAAUGUGUGUAAUCAGCAUUUUGUUAUCAGCAUGCUAUGGGGUUGUUCGUUUUUAUGGCUUAUAUGUCAUUUUUAAUACCAGGCCAGCUCCUCUACUCUGUGUAGCAGUAUUGAGGCCUCCCUUUGGCUCAACCUGCAUGUACUCAAGAAAAUGCAAAUUAUUUACUGCACGAUGAGGGGGGAAAUGAGACUGGGGUACACCUAAUUCCUAAAAUUUAUAUAAUGCUUUUCAAAGGUACCUAUAUCUUAUUUUUGAAUUAUUUGCUAUUUGGGAUAACUCAUGGAGGUCCUUCAAGGGAAGAUGGUCUAGGAAUUAUGGUGGCCUCCAGGGGGCUUCAGCUAUUGCGCCAGGGACCAGUGAGAGGGGACAGAAGUGAAGCUACACGGACGUGCUGUCAAGUGCACAUAAUUUAAGGCCAGUCUUAUGUAGAGUCUCUGCUGAGGUCACAGGUUCAUCUGGGCAGGAGAAAGGUUAAAGCAGUUGCCUGGGAAGGGCUGUGGCCCUCGGCACAUCCUCAGCUCUUCAGAGCACCCCGUGUGCGCCCCUGGACCUGCAGUCCACGCUUCCGGCAGAGCAUAGUGGUGAUCAGGGAGGCCACCGAGCCCCCAAGACAUGGCUCUCUGCCAGAGAAUCUCUGAGUGACCUGAACAUACUCACCUUCUGAUCUUUCUGACCAGACACAUUUAAUUCAAAGCAGCUCUGGGUGGCCCCUCCAUUGGUAAAGGCCCUGUCUGUGACAGUUUGCCUCUUUAAAGAGACGAAUAGGAACACGUCAUGACACUCUGCCACCACUGGCUUCAUGCUGCGCCAGUCUGUCCCGCGCCCAGGCCCUAGAGUUACUGCAGGGAGAAAGCCACUUCAGACUCAGUAUCCUAAAAAGAAAUGAUGCCUUUGUGGGAAGUAGAGGAGGGAAAAUUCAGACAUUAAAUUUAAAAGAUACCGAUGAAAUGUUAGAUUCCUAAGAUGUGAGUGUGCAUGUCUUCGAGUUUUAAGACCCUGUGUAGUUUUCAGUGAACAAGCUGCCACACAGCAUAGCAAGCAAAACCCCUCAUGUUUGCCUCGUCUUGUAGACACAGCAGUACAAUGCCACUCUCCAUUAUGCUCUAUGUGGAGUUGAAUCAGCAUGUGCUUCUAAGGUGAUAAGCAUUUUUUCGGAAGAACAGUUUACGUGGAAAUAGCAAGUACUGGGAGCACCAACCACCUGCCUUGAAAUUACAGAACUGAUAGUCCUCGAAGAGCCCAAUAUAAUCUGAGUCCAUGUGAAAGAUCCAUAUCAUCACAGCAGAAAUAGUCAGAUUUUAUUCAUAGAUUUAUAUGUAUAAGUAGUGACAUGGGUCUGUAAACACAUGCAUACUUACCCCUGCAUGUGUGCACACACAAUGCGGGCCAUAUUCCAUUAGUAUGGCCAUAAAGUACUUAUUAGCACGGAUUCUAAUUAGAAAAAUAGAAAACGCUGCUCAAAACGAACUUAGAGUCUGACCAGAAAUUUGAAACCUAUCGACUUAUUUUUAAAAUAGAGUUUGUAUCUUUCCCCCCAAACUGUGACCUUCAAAGCAGCCUCCAAUUGCUCUUAAGAAUUGGGAAAAUGUACAAAACUUUCCAUCCUCCCCAUAACCAUGUGACUCCCUGAUACGUUCCGUACUUGUUUUUUGUCUGGUGUUUGUCCGCCCCCACGCCCCCACGAGACUGGAAGCUCUAUGACAGGAGACUCUUCUUCAUGAUGUCUCCCAGCGCCUACGGCAGUACAGUGCCUGGUGGAGAAAGUGCAUAGAAAGUCCUCAAACGAAUGAAAUCUAAAAUGUGAACCAAGUGGAUGUUUCUGACAAGGUGUGUCUAUGUUUUGAGUUGUGGAAGGACACAACUACGUUUUCUCUGUGUCUAUGCAACCAACUUUCGUAUUUUUUAUUUCAGUUGUAUUUUUGUCAUAAGCACUUCUGCUAUAAACAAUUUUACAUAAUAAACACUGGCACCAAAA